AUGUGCAAGGUACGUGGAGGGAACACGAGCUUGCUUUUCCUGAUUGGGAAGAUAAACAGUAUCUGGACAGAUACAGAGUCACAAAAGCAACAUUCUGGUUUCUAUUUAGAUGAUACAGCUGGUGUCUACAAAAGCACACCACUAAAUUUGAGGAAACCAAUAAAUGCAGACAAGCGCUUUGCAAUUACUCUACACUGGCUUGCUCAUUCAACGUCUUCUUCAGAACUAUCUAUAAUCUACCGAGUUGCAAAAGCCUCUAUUGUGUCAAUUGUGCACGAGGGAAUGUAUGUGUUGCAUUGGUUUCUAGUUCCAGAUUCUAUUCGUUUUCCCACUGGAGAUGAAUUGGACCAAGUUAUUGCUGACUUUGAAGCACUCUGUUGUUUGCCUGACUGUGGUGGAGCAUUAGAUGGGACUUUUAUGCAAAUAAAAAAACCUAGCAAAUUUGGAGACAGCUAUUACUGUUACAAAAGAUUUCAUAGCAUCAUAGUGCUGGGGUGUGUUGAUGCCAGAGGAAUAUUUAUUUCAGUCAACUCUGGUCGGCCAGGGUCUGUUGGAGACUCAUACACAUUCAGAAACAGUCAGCUGAAACAAAAUAUAGACAAUGAUGUUUGGUUGUCUACUGUACAUCAAAAAAUGAUUGGGGGAUUAUCAAUCAGGCCAUUUCUGGUUGCGGAUGCAGCAUUUCUCCUCAGUUCGACUGUCAUAAAAUGUUAUGAUGGUGACAAUCAUGUUGGCAGAGAAAAGAGCUUUAAUUAUUCUGUCAUUCGAACAAGGAGAGUAGUGGAACAGGCUCUUGGAAGACUCAAGGGGUGA